AUGAAUCCCCUGACGCAGGUGAAGCAGAUACAGAAGAUAACCUCCCUAGAGGCGUCUCUGGGCUUGUCCGAGGAGGCUUCGUGGCACGCCAAAUACAAGGGUUCGGCCUACGUCUUCGUCGGGGGGAUCCCCUUUGACCUCACGGAGGGAGAUCUUCUCGCCGUCUUUGCCCAGUAAGCAGAGCUUAACAUUGAUCUAUGAAAACACUUUCGAUUCGAGAUUACGGAUUUCGUGAGACUCUUUUGACGGUUUCCCAUCUGGAUCCUCACCACCGCGUUCUGUUCUUCCCGGAAACUCGUUCGUUUCGUGGGUACAACCACAAAAUGUCCAGUGUGUUUCCAUAGGAGCGACGUAUUAAUUGAAAAAAAUUCUUCUUAGAAAAACAUUAGACUUCCGUCGUCAUCCAGAAUAAAACCAGAUGGAUAAUGGCCUUCGUUGGAUGAUCCUCUAUGCUUACAUGCAUUGCGAGGCAUGCCCUGGGUCAGUAAUCGCUUUGACGGGUCAAUGCGUCAUUUCCGGCAGCUUUUCUGUAUCAUAACAGUUCCUCUCCUCAAAUUCAGGUAUGGAGAGGUUGUAGAUGUUAAUCUUGUCCGAGACAAGGGCACGGGGAAAUCGAAAGGUUUUGCUUUCAUCGCCUAUGAAGACCAGAGGAGCACAAUUCUUGCCGUAGGUUUGUCAAACAGCACUCUUAUAUCUUUCUUCUCCGCAUGCUCUCACGGCUGGCGGUUGACUUGAGGCAAUCGUGUCCGACAGAUAAUCUGAAUGGCGCCAAGCUGCUCGGGCGGAUUAUAAGGGUCGACCACGUUAGUAAUUACAAAAAGAAAGAGGAAGAGGAGGACGAGGAGGAGGCGAAACGAAAGAGAGAGGCGCGGGGAGUUUGCCAUGCCUUCCAGCGAGGGGAAUGCAACCGAGGAGAUUCGUGCAAAUUUUCUCAUGAUGAGCAAGUAAGAGACAGAUUCUUACGAUCCCCUUCUCUUCCCAUUCGCAAGGCUGGUUUUCCUCUUUCCUGCAAGAUUAUCUCGAUUUUUUUCUUGUGGUCGUGUCGAUUGUCUUGAAUAUGCGGAUUUAGCAUGGAAUGACCGGCCAGCAGCUCGUGACCAUCUUUAUUCCCAUGUGCUCUAGCGAACAGAAGCUGGUGUGGCGACCACGCUUUCCUACGCCACUUCUGGUCAGGGUCUUUUUCCCUGCGGUCGAUGCAGGGUCAUCAGUGAUCAGAGGCGUUCGCGUUUGCUGUAUUUGACGAGAAAUAGUAUGUCGUUUGAGCAAUUAUCAUUUUCUUGACGGACUGCAAAGAGCAGCUACUGAUCUGGGCAUUAUGACGGAAGAAUGGGCCUUCGUCCCCUUCAUAUUGUUCCGAAUUGCGCGCCCCCGAGCAUCUGAAAAGCUUGCAUUCCUCAUCUAUUUUGAUGGCAUCCCAUGGGGAAAGCACACAGACUUCCAGAGUUUCAUCAGAUGGGCCCAUCGAUUAAAAAUGAAAUCGACUCUUGAUCAAAAAAAUCCUUAGAAAAAGGAUAAUGUUGUCUACACGGACGCAAGGAUUUUUUUGAUCACAUACAGCGACGACCUCUGUCUCAUGAGUAUUCUAUAUUCCUGCCCACCGCCGCCACCGUCAUCGUCUUCUAGCUUCCAACUAGUUGCAUCGAGAACGCAGGUUUUGGUUUUGCCUGUAUUUUUGCAUCCUUCCCUGCUGCUGCCUCUAGUCCGUGUUCCUCUUUGGUCUCCCCUCCCCCUCAAAGCUCAUCCCGGAGCGAACAUCAUUCACAGAAAACGAUGUCCGUAUCUCACAGCGCUGAUUACACUUGUAUAUGCUCGUAGCUCUCACGCCCGUACUGCAUUCGUUCUUACUGCACUGAUUUUCUAUAAGCUUUCCGGGUUUAGUUCUUACUGCGUUGAUUAUCUAUAAGCUUUCCGGGUCUAGUUCCACGGUAUUCCUCUGUUUAUUCAUCGUUUUGGCGAUCUUAUUUUUACGCGUUCUUGUUUCCUCCUGGCCUUACGAUGUGUCCUGACCUGCAGAGGAAUGCGAAUACUGGCUGGGGCGCCCAGGACAGCAGCGCGAGGUGGGGCCAUGAGAAGUUCGAGGGUCCCCCGAGGAGUCACGGGAGGGGCCCAGGGAAGGCAUAUUCCGGCAGAACGGAGGGCGAGGACGCCCGCAGGACGAGCGGCUCGUCCAGAGCGGAGGUGGGGGAGCGCUGGACGGGCCAUUCUUCACGCAGAGCGGAGGAAGAGCACCCCGUGAAGAGCCAUCCCAGCAGAGGAGACCCCGAGCGGAGCCGGAAAGACCCAGGGAGACAAAGACGCGACGGGCGACCGGAGAAAUAUGAAAGCAAAACGCGAUCAUCGAGGGAAGAAGAAGGCAGGCGGUGA